UAUGAGUAUUAAAUGUUUCCAUAUAUAAGUCAUCUUUUGAUGCAUAAUAAACACUAAAUAACUGCUAAGAGCAUUAACUGAGUAUUUUCUGUUUUGUAGUGCACACUUUAGCUCUGUUGUUCCUUCGAAACUUGAUCUGUGGUCCUAAGUGCUGUAGUGAAAGUCAACAGCUAUAUAUAAUUUGUUGAUAAGGUCCAGAAAACAACGUAAGAAAGAUAAAAUAACGUAAAAGGUUAUAGAUGCGCAUAGUUUUUGUGAGUUAAGACGAAAUGUCAACUGAAGGGUAAGUCCUAAAUAUUUGUUGUUCUUCCUUCAGUUAAUUUUUUCCAAGGAAUAACCUUUUUUUAACAGCUAUUGUAUGUUGUCUCUAGUGCUUCAUGCUCAAGUGAAAUUUCAGUGAACGUAAGCGACGCGUUCCAACGUAUUAUGCUGAAUAAGAGAUUCGGAAGCUGGAUUGAAUUAGAUAAUGCGCUAAAGGAUUUCCAUAAAGUAUGAUGGGAUAAAUCUAUGUUUUCUCAGAUGACCCAUACACACUAUGUUCACGCAGAAAGUAGAUUGUUGAAGGAUGUGAGAUAUAAAUACUUGUUCGUAGUGUUUCGUUGCACGUUUGGUCGUAAACGUAAAUCAGAAGGUCUGAAUGUGAUUAAAAAACCGUCUAAAUUUUUAAAUUGCCAAUCGAUGUUUCGCGUAAGAUUGGAGGGUCAACAAUACGUUAUAAAAUCUUACAUGACUCACAACCAUCCGUGUACUAGUUCGUGGAUGGUUUGUGAUCCGUUGAGUAGACGAUUGUCAUCAGAAGAAAAAGAAAACUUGAAACCAGUUAUAUUGCACUGUCAGUCGACGGACGAAGUUAUCGAAAGUAUUAAGGAAAGAACAGGUAAGCAGGUGACCGAUGCUGAUGUCAAAAAUAUGAAAGCUGAACUCUCCACUGGUAAGUGUAUAUAAAUAUAUUUCAGGUUGGACUCGGAAGCAGGUAUUGCAGAUGAUGCGACAAAACGGUCAAGUUAGAGAGCAUGCAGAAAAUGGAUCUAUUACGGCGGUAUGCUUCAGCAGUUAUGAUCAGAUACGGCUGUACAAUCAAUAUCCCGAAGUCGUGUGUAUUGAUUCUACUUAUAAAACUAAUAAUAAAAAGUGAAUAUGAUUUUCGUUUUGUUCUACUAUGUAGGUAUUCAUUAUUCCAGUUAGUGGUAACAGACAAUUGGGGUCGAGGUCGAACUGUUAUGUUUGCAUGGACAAAAAAAGAAAAGCGUGCUGAUGUUACGUGGAGUUUGGAUAAAUUCAAGGAGAUAAUGGGUAACACGACCAAAACAGAAACAUUUGUGAUGGAUUGCGCACGAUCUGAAAGCGCGGCUGUCCGUAUAACACACGGGCAUGCAAACAUUAUUUUGUGCGCCUUUCAUGUGAUUCGCGCUUUCCGGAAAAAGGUACACCAAUGGUUGGUUACAUAAAAUUUCUUUUAGACAAAUGAUAGAAAAAGCAUGGAAGACCAAAUAAUCAGUGGACGAACAUACAAUUAUGAUGCUCCACAGCGUCUUAUACCCUUGCUGAACAUGUUGACCCCAUUCGCAAGAUCCAAAGUGUUAUACGAACUAAAAAAAAAUGCGUUUCGUUAACUUAGAAUAUGAAAGCGGCGAGUGGUUGUUUAUGCUUGACCGCGGACAACAUUACGAAGUAGAUGUAAGUAUUUGUGAAUGCAAUUGUAGCACGUUUAAUAUGUGUCGAUAUCCGUGCCGCCAUCUCCUGCUGGCAUAUAUUAAAAGACGAAGUCUAACAGCUCAUCAACUUCUUAGGUGUUGCUGUAGAUGAAAAUUAGACAAUACGCACAAUUUACAAAACAACACAGUAAUUUCAUUACGGAGACGAAGUAAAGAAUAUAUACAACUUCAACGGCUCCAAAGAAUGUGCAAACAACGAAUUGUUGAGAAAUAUGGUGAACGCUUCGCGAAUCAGGUGGAGAGAAGGGUCUACAAUUUUUACUUAAGAAUUAUAAACAGCUAGACAGCAGGUUUACGAUUAACAGUUCUUUGUGGCUUUAUUUUAUACCACUAUUUAUACAACUUGUAAACUUAUCUUUCCACUUUAGUAGUCAUGAAAAAUCAAUAAACUUUUUCUCAUUUUUUA